AUGCCUGCUAUCGUGAAAAUUCCUGAGACAGACGCUGAAUACAAAGCUAUAGUCUUGUACCUCCAAUCCCAAAUACUUCCAUCCGAUGUCAAAGACUGUGCACAAAAAAAGUCUAAUUUCGCUCGCCGUUGCAAAAAGUUCGAAAUCGACAAGGAUCAAAUCCUUUAUACUAAACAAACCGCGAAGAACGAAAAGCGUCGCGUGGUUCCCAAAUAUGACAACGAAUUACGUGACCUGAUAUUGAACCGGUUUCACGAUCAGUCAAACCAUCGUGAAUACCAUAAAACGUAUUCGGCAAUUGCAGAGAAACACAUCGGGAUUACGCAGGAAGAGGUACGAGCAUACGUUAACGAAUGCUCAGCAUGCGCAAUCAAUACGUCAAUCAAAGAAAGGACUGACAUGACACCAGUUGUGUCAACAGAACCCUGGACACAUAUUCAAAUUGACCUAAUUGACCUUCAUGAAUUUGCAGAUGUUAAUGAUGGUUAUCUAUGGUUGUUAACGUGCGUUUGUACCUUUUCAAAGUAUCUUGUGGCAGUUCCGAUGAAGAACAAGGAAGCUGUCACAGUCGCAAAACACCUCAUAAACGAUGUCUUUAAAAUCCUAGGUCCUCCUCGCAUUCUCCAAAGCGAUAACGGGAAAGAAUUUGUUGCAGAUAUAAUAAAAAAUAUCUGCAACAUUUUAAACAUCAAAAUCAAGCACGGCCGUCCUCGCCAUCCGCAGUCGCAAGGGCAAAUAGAGCGGCUCAAUCAGACAAUCGGGCGUGGCUUUACUAAACUGCUGUGGGAUAGCCAUAAUCAACUGCAAAGGAAAGAUUGGAUCAAUGUAAUUGAUGUCUUUGUCAGAACAUAUAACUCAACAGUGCAUAGUGCGCAUUCUUGUACACCGCAUCAUGCAUUAUUAGACAAGUAUCGAUCAAAAUUAUGUCAGAAAGGUAGCGUCCACCGAAAAAAGUGUGCAAGUAAUACAAUUGAAGCUGGGACAUCAGUUUAUAUUGCACCUGAUCAUGAUAACAACCAGCGUACCCGUAAGAGAAAGCUACAGCCUACAUUCUCUGAAACGGGUACAUUCAAACGUCUAACGUCAAAUAACAAAACGGCAGUCGUUGUAGUGGAUAAUAAGGAAACCCGCAUUCCAAUUAUGCGAAUCAAGCCAAAACGUCCAUAG